AUGGAAGUUAAUGAAGAGCAUCCGGUGAUAGAAGUUGCAAGGCCCAAUCUGGCUAACAUGACUCAGGCAAUUGUGAAGCCUGAUUUCAUGGGUCACUUUAAACACAAACAAGAAAAAUCCUCAAGUCGAUGCGGUGACUUGAGAAAUGGGAGAGAGUUGGUAGAAGUGCCUAAGAAGAAAAAGGAGCAGUCUGGGCUCGAAGAAGAAAGAGUGCCAAAACCUGUAGAGGUAGAUGAGAGAAACAAAACAAAGUCUGAGCAAAUAUCAGAGAGGGUGCCACCCUCUUUUCCUCAAAGAUUGAGAAAGAAGAAUGAUGACCACAUAUUUCACAAAUUUCUAGAUAUGCUGAAGCAGAUACAAUUGAACAUCCCUUUGGUGGACAUGCUCCGUGAGUUCCCAAAAUAUGCAAAAUAUAUUAAGGAUAUAGUGGCAAAUAAAAGGAGGUUAACUGAGUUUGAGUCCGUCGCACUUACUGAGGAGUACACUUACAGGAUUCAACAUAAGCUUCCACAAAAGCUUAAGGAUCCGGGUAGUUUUACUAUCCCUGUGAGGAUUGGUGAAAUUGAUGUGGGUAGAGCCUUGUGUGAUUUGGGUGCAAGUAUCAAUCUGAUGCCGUUGUCAGUGUUCAAAUAA